AGUGUCAAGGCGGGAAUGUGAAAGUGAAAUUCUCGUUUGCGUUUGUUGAUUCCAAGUGAUUGUAUCUGAGUGAUACGCGGCCUUAUAAAUUAAUUUCACACAACACGAUGCCGCCAAGUAGCCUUCGAGUCGUGUACGCGUUCGCCAGAGAAAUGCAUCCGAAAACAAGUGAUGUUUUUAUUCAAUACGGAACCGCUGGAUUCCGCACCAAAGCCAUUUUGCUGGAGCAUGUCGUCUACCGCAUGGGUCUAUUGGCUGUUAUACGGUCUCGUGUCAAAAAUGGUAAGUAUUUGCGAUGAGAUUAUAAAAGCUAUGUUCCUAUGUCUUCUCCUCUGCUCUUUUAUUGUCCCUGUGUAAUAAGUAUCUAUAAAUUAAUAAAGAACAGGUGACAGGUGGAAUGUAAGUUCGUUUGGCACUUCAGUUUUAUAAAGAAAGGAAUUGUAUCACACCAAGGACAUUAACCAGAUUUUCAACCAGGAAUUUUGACGCACAAGAAAAGUUGUUUUGAAGUGAAUUUAGGAACAAAAAUGUAGUACUUUUGAAAACUGACUUCGUAAACUUAUCCGCCCGCAGAAGAAGACACGCCUUCAUGCCUAAUAAAUAUUUUGUGGUAACUUUUUUCUCUGUGGUAAAAAGUUCAAUGUGUUAAUCCAAUAAAGUCUAUCUGAGUGCCAAGUUUUAUCUAAAUCCUUGUUGUAUUCGUGAUCGAGUUAUAAAUAUCCAAACAUCUUUACACAUUUUCCAACACACGCUUGCUAAGUAACUUUUCUACCGAAAUUCCGGAACUCUUGAUAAUGAACUAUUGAUAAUUCUUCGUUCCUACAUCAUCACGUAUAAGUCUACUACUGGACUGGACCUCUCCCUUUGUCCGGAAUAGGGUUUGGGUCCCGGGACGUCUCGUGUCUCGAAGUUCCGGUUCGUAAUUUUAGUUGUCUCGGGACUUUCGGGUCGAGACUCGAGACGAGACAAGAUUGUUGCAAUUGUUAUGUAAUCAUUUUUAUUUUCAAAUAAUUGAAGGAGCCUAGCGCCAUGUGUUAGUUUAACGAAUAAGUACUUGGUCUACUACGUAACUACUGAUUACGCAACACAAUAAAUUAAACAAAUAGGUGAUUAUGAGAAUUAACAAUGACAUUAUGAACAAUGAUUAGAUACUAGAAUUACUAGUUAAUAGAAAAGUUAUUAAGAAUUAGUAUGAUUUUUAACUAAUUUCGUUUCAUAACUAUAAGAUUUAACUGUUUAGAAGUGCAUUUGUGUGUGACUAAAAGAAAUAAACAAAGCAAUUGGUGUGGCAAAAUGCAAAUUAGUGAACCUGAUGGUAGGUUUACCAGCUAUAGCUCUAAAGGUCCGUGCACCUGAAUUGUCUCCUGUGUUGACACGCUUGUUCCGCCUCUUAUUCAGGACUGGAAUAGUGCCUAAAUCUUGGAAGCAGGCCAAUGUGCAGCUGGUGCCAAAAAAAGGUAGCCGUACCUACCCUGCCAACUAUCGGUCAAUUUCAAUUACCUCCAUACUCUGCAAGAUUAUGGAGCGUAUAUUGAACGCCCACUUCAUGGCAUACCUAGAGCAAAAUGAUCUCCUCAUCGAUCGUCAGUACGGGUUUCGCCGAAUUCGAUCAACUGGGAACCUUCUAGCGUAUGCCACUCACAUAUGAGGCGAAGCCCUCGAGAACAGCGGUGAAGCACUUGCUGUUUCCCUCGAUGUUUCGAAGGCCUUUGACAAGGUUUGGCACGCUAGUCUAUUGGGUAAGCUUUCAGCAUUCGGCUUAUCCCAUUGCCUGAUUGUCUAGAUGAAGAACUUUCUGAGUGAACGAUCUUUCCGGGUCGUCGUUGAUGGCUGCUCAUCCGAUACUGUGGCGACUAACGCCUGUGUUCCUCAGGGGUCCGUUCUCUCCGCAACUCUCUUCCUGCUGCAUAUAAAUGAUUUGCUCAUUCCCGGUAUCUAUGGGUAUGCAGACGACAGCACAGUUGUGGAGAGAUACCAACCAAGCGCCUGGGCCAGUCGGGAUCAAAUCCAGUCAGAAAGAGAGGCUAUAGUUGAGCGUCUCACAUUACAGGCAGUUUCCGAAUAGGGCGAUGCCAAUCUCGUGAGAUUUAACGCCUCCAAAACACAAGCGUAUCUUUUUACAGUUAAAAGGAGCCCGCUCACCUUGGCUCCUACUUUCCGGAAUGUAUCCUUGGAGUACACUGACCGCCUGCAGUUGUUAGGGAUUGAAUUUUCUUCGAACCUAAACUAUGGGCGGUUCAUUAGAGCCAGAGUCCAGAGCCAAAGCAGCCGCAAGGAAACUUGGUGUCCUUGCAAGGGUGCGGCGGUACUUCACGCCGGGGCACCUUAUAUAAAGCGCAAGUCCGGUCGUGCAUGGAGUACUGCUGUCACAUAUGGGCUGGCGCUGCAAAAUGCCAACUGGCACCUUGGAGUCAGUGGAGAGACGUGCUAAGAGGCUCAUUGGUGACCUUGAUUUGGUUAAAACCAAUCUUGUCAGCUUCGAGCACAGGCGUAGAGUAGCCAGUCUCUCAGUAUGCACUUCGGUGAGUGUGCGCAGGAAUUACACGCUUUAAUUCCUCCCUCUCCUUUCCACCAUAGGACAACCAGACGGUCGGCGGGUCUUCAUCCCUUUGAUGUCGAUAUUCCACGCAUUAGAACCAAACUGUUUGCUUCGUCUUUUGUAAUGCGUACAGCAAAGGAGUGGAAUAAUUUGCCGGCGUCUAUCUUUCCGUCCGAAUACAAUCUGGGCGUCUUCAAGGCAAGAGUGAAUAGGCUUUUGUUACGCUAAGCCAGUGCGAUUUACCAUUUAGGGCUGCAUCACACUUACCACCAGGUGGGAUUGUGGUCAAGCACUGGCUUAUAAUAAGU